CAGCGUCGGAGCAGGAUGAUAGCAACUGUGCUGUGUUUUGAUGGAGAUGACAGAAGCUGCAGCAGUGCCGUCCUUUUAUUCGCGCUGUUUCACAGCCGUAUGAAAAUCUGGGGCAGCGGUGCCACUAAGUAGCAAAAUAUGCCGUCGAAUAUCCGUUGCAUUUCCAGCCCUGACCGGCUGCAGUGUUAGCAUUACGGUGGCUAUGUAGGUAACGUUAGCUGGGACGCUCGGACAGAAAUAGCCAGCCCUCAAGCAAACAUCAGCCUGCUCCGGUGUGUGGACCUGCUUUGUGUACGGUGAUCGGUCAGUUCGCAGUUUCUCUGGAAUGCAUCUCUCCAAGAAGUGUUCCGCCUUCAAAGUGGUGCUGAGUGCUCUGCUGAUAGUGGCGCUGCUGCAGCUCAUAUACCUGUCCUUUUUAUCCAAGUUUCACGGUAAGCAGCAGCGGUACCGGUACUCCGAGCUCUUUGGGGGCUCUGGAGCCAAGAAAAAUGCGCACCCCGAGAAGAACACGCGGAAGGAGCGUCUGAGGUACUCGCUGUCUACCGGUGGGAUCUUCGACAACAGCGGUCAGUACCGAGUGUACAAGAACUUGAUCAAAAGCGAUUUCACCACAAAUCAGAAACCAGGGUCCGACCCCAGCUCCAAUGUCCUGGCUUUAGCCACACACACAACCAUCAACAACCUGCAUCACCUGGAGUCUCUUCUGGAAAGGUGGCAGAACCCCCUGUCUGUGGCCAUAUUCGCACAUGGCCAAGAUGUCAAGUUUGCCACAGCUCUGGUCUAUGCCCUCAGCUUCUUUUGCCCCCAGAUCCAAGCCCUGGUGGACUUCCACUUGGUCUGCCUGUCAGGGGAGAUGGCCAGUUUCCCUGAACAGGACCGUGAGCAUUUUGCAGGGCUUGAGGACUGUGCCUCUGUGUUCUCCAGACUGGAGACCCACAGGGACAAGUACAAGAACUAUGUCAUCAGUGGGAACGUCUCCUACCCCAACAACCUACUUCGUAACGUUGCCCGUGGUGGCACAGAGUCCUCCUUCAUCCUGGUCAUUGACAUUGACAUGAUGCCAAGUGCUGACCUGCACCGGCAAUUCCUGGCCAUGAUCAUGAGCCGAGAGGCAGCGAGUGACGAGGUUUUUGUGUUGCCUGCUUUCGAGAUCCGCCACGCCAGGAAGAUGCCUGCCACCAAGGCAGAGUUGGUCCAGCUCUACCAGGUGGGUGAGGUCCGGCCGUUUUAUGAAGAGCUGUGUCCUCGCUGUCAGGCCCCCACCAACUACUCACAGUGGGUUAACAGCCACGUUAGAGGGACAGGCACCUUGGAAGUUGCCUACACGCUCGACUGGGUGGACCCCUGGGAGCCUUUCUACAUCGGGCCCCGCACUGUGCCCCUUUAUGAUGAGAACUUCAAGCAAUAUGGCUUCAAUCGCAUCAGCCAGGCCUGCGAGCUCCACGUGGCCGGAUACAGAUUCUCGGUGCUGAGCUCAGCCUUUGUGGUACACCGAGGCUUCAAGAUCCAGGGGGAGUUCCAUGCCAGGAAAGACGAAGAGAACAAACGCAACCGGGUUCUGUUUCGCAGCUUCAAAGAGGGCCUGAAAAGCAAAUACCCAUCCUCCACAAGAAGGUGCUGAAAAGAGAUGAGGACUAUAUCCUGCCUGCAUCAGUCUCUAAUGAAAUCAUUCUUCUGCUCAAAUGAUGGAUGCACAUUUUUUUUUUAUUUUGACCAGACUUAAUUUCCAGUCAGGCUCUCCCUGCCCAAAACAUCCUAGUUUUCCCACGUUUUCUUGUGAUGAUGGCACAGUUGGAGUUAAAGCUAGUCCAGCUCUUGGGCUUAUUUCAAGUCCUUCUGAAAAUGAGCAGCAGGGAAAUGUUCUCCGGGGAUUUCUGAGAUUGUCUUGCUAGUUGGGACUGAAAGGAAAAAACAGCAGGGACUCUUGAGGUUUUCUGUUUUUUUUUAAAAAAUGAAGCACAUAUUUAAAAUAUAGAUGGAAUUCGAUACACGUUACUUUUAAACUAUAUAAGGUACACAUUAUAUUUUAAAACAUUAUUGAGCUUCUCUGAAUACAAAAAUAGACACAAAAAUGUGACUGCAAGCCGCAGAGUCUCUACAUACUCAAAGAAACAGAAGUCUGAAUUUCACUGUAUGUAACGUGAAGUUUAAGGGUCUACAUUUCAUGACAGCUGAUCAAAUAUUGCCUUGUUCUUUGAAAUUCAACUGGAAGCACAUUUAAUCCUCCCCCUUUUUGAAGUCAAACUAAUGUCAAAUUUAUGUGACAUUAUUACUGUAUGCAAAUAUUUGAUUGGCUGUAAUCAAACAAGUUAUAAAUCUAUGUGUAUGGGUUUGGACAGUUUUGUCAGAUUUUAUAAUAAUGGCAUGAAACAAUAUGGCAGUCUGAUUAUGAAGUUAACAAAAGACCUCAAGUUAAUGGGAAAUCAUGUGCGACCCUUUGAAUUUUGUGCCAAUCAGUGAUGUGCUCCCGCCACCAGAUGGCAACAAGCACUUGAGUGUCAAGCGCUCGGUUGCUGUUCAUACUUUAGCCUGAAGUGAGAAGUCAGAAACACUACAGCGGAACACAGGGAUUACACAACACCAGUGUUGUUUGGCGCUCAGAGGGAUGUGAAUUCACUCUGCGCCACUGCUAUCAGCACAUUUCAGAAGUUUUCGGUACCCUGUCAGUGCUCGUUCUCGCCUCAAACUGUCUGAGGUGAUUACUCACACAUCACAAGGACAACAAAGCACUCAGAAACACAACACUAGCAUUUUGCCAACACUGUGAAAAACUACUGUAUCAUAACACUGAGGAUCUGACACUGGUAGUAAAGGUAUGUGAGUGAGUGAGCUACAUGUGGAAAAGUAGCAUGGUUAGUGGGUACAAAGAUACUGCAUAAUCAAAGUAUAAACCACAAGCAAGAGCAGCCUGUGUUAUUAAAAGGACUGCUGUGGAAAUAUUCAUCUCAACACCACUAGUAAACAAAUAGCAAAUUAUAGAUCUUAUACCUCUGUAAUUCUGUAACCCACAGGUACAUACAGUACAAACAGUAUUAAACCUUGACUACCACUUUUCUCAUCUCUGUUUAAUGAAAACACAUAUAAGCAGCAUACACAAUGAUGUUUGGUUACUUUAAGUGUUAAACUGUUAUGUAACUGUUGAUUUUGGAGAGUUUUAAAUAAUUUUUCCGUCUUCACUUGUAAUUUUUAUGAUAUAUUUAUUGUGGAAAUAGUUUCCUUUAACUGGACUUGGCUGACCCUUUUUUUAUGACCCCAAGCAGGAAAAGCUGUAGCACGAAACUGUGUGAUUGUGUGAAAAAUUACAUUUGGUAUGGAUCAUUUAAGAGUUUUUGUUUUAGAACCACUAUGAAAUUAUUUUAUUUGGUAUUUUUGGAGUGAGAUCAACUUCAACAGAUUACCUUGUGUGAUGACGUUAAGUGGUGCUUUAUUUGUUGUGUUUUUUUUUUCCUCACUUGAAAACAGUU